AUGCUUGUGUGUCUCAAAGCUGGAUUCACAACAAAGGCAGGCGUUCCGUCAACCGGAAGCAGUCACGUGAUACACUCAGUCAAGGCAACCGAGCUGCACUUUCCUCCAACGGAAAUUAAGGAAAAAGAAACCGCCAGAGCUUGCAAAAAAAAAACCCCCCAACACCUAAUCUUUAACAGUCGUGAUAAGACCGCUUAUGGCAAGGCUCUUUUUGAGGCCCAAGUGGCACCAUUCCAGAAGACAUAUUACCAACGUGUAGAAGAGUUUGAAAGCCGCCGUCAUGGCGCGGGGAUCAUGACACCCAGCGGAAUUCCAACCUGGGAAUCGGAUUUUCCUGCGUAG